CUAGCAUCCCUUCUGCGCAUGCACCCACUAAAUAUCAAAACAAAUCACUAGAAAACAAGAUUUUCACGUCCAUCGUUAUCCCGUCAAUGUUUCGCGGGAGUCAAAUCGAUUUUGUGAGUUUGUAGUCAGUUUUCUAGCCGCUGUAUCUCCACCAGACGGAGGAGAUGUUUUGUUUGGGCGUGAUACUAUUUUUGGUCGCAAUUUGUGGAAGCGAUGGACUAGUUUUCGAUCAAGUUCCUAUUAUGGAACUUUUCACAGCCAAAAUAGAUCCGCAGAUGUUCAACUGGACCUACCAAGGAGUUACACAACAAUUCCGAUAUCGACCAUCGAUUGAAGGAUAUCCUGAUUUGCCGUCAUGGAUGCGGUACAUGUAUAGUGAUGAGUAUCAUGCUGGGUUCUUGUAUGGAACACCUCCAGUCAGUUUGGCGAAUAAGGUGGUUCGUAUUGAAAUUGUUGCCCUCAACAAACAAUCGUAUGAAACUCGAAGGAAAACAUUAACUAUUAUCAUUGCCAACAAAGUACCAGCCGCGAAUCUGGUUCAAAUGAAAAUCGACAACUUGGAUUGGGUUCAUCUCAUGGAUCCAGGCCGGGUGGAGAAUCUCAAGAAUAUUUUCCGAAAAGAUUUAUGGCCAUCCAGCGACCUUGAUUUGCACCUCGUCUUCAUGGAGUCGGCGGUCAAAAUGGGUGGACGAGUACCUCUAAGACCCCAACAAAGAGAAGGGGUAAUCGUCCAUCUAGGCAGCAAUUCCCCGUUUUCAGACCGACUAAAGGAGUUGCAGGAAGAAGUCCGUCCCCUGUACAAGUUAUCCACGUGCACCUAUAAACGGACAUCAGUGCAAAAGGUGUUCGAAAAUGUUGGGUUCAAAUUGGAUUGGUGCGCUUUCAGGAUUGUAGGAAACGAAAUUUCCCCAGAAGUUCUGUACCAUAAUCAUGGGGUGAAAGGAGCUCAUGGUUCCGAAUUGAGCUCGCUGCAUCGAAUGAGCCAGUGGAAUGGAAUGACCAGGUCUGAAGUUCCUGAACGUAAUUAUAUCGAUGAAUUAGUAUUUUCCAUAGCCAUUCCGGGGAUGAUAUUUGCUAUCGGAAUUGGCAUACUGUCUGCUGUUUUAUGCUUUCAACAUGAAAGAAUAUUUGAUCGGGAUUCCGAGAUAUUUUUUCAUCGUGUUUUCCAUAUUUGUGAAGAUUAUUGGAGGCAAAAAACAAAGCAGCCAACUGUUCAGAUGGUUCAAUGUUCGGAGACUAGUAAUCAGCCUACUACAACCCUUAAAAGUUUAAAGGAUCCAAACCUGCUGAUAGAUAAUAUGAGUGUACGCUCCCAGAGCCCCUGCAAUAGCGUUUACCAUGGGGAGAGUCCUCGCAGUGGAAACACUUAUAUACGCCCCAGACCACCCCCAUAUAAACCUCCAAGUCUCGGAAAGAAUUGUGUUGACAUAUGACAAUCAUCGCCCCGCGUUCUGUACUGUUAAAAAAGAAGCAGAACCUGCUGUAUUUUCAGAAUAAGUUGCAGUGACGCAAUAAUAUUGCUAUGCAUAUCCUUCCUAAAAUCAUACUAUGUAUUCAUGAAAAAUAAAAGUUAGAAAAGUAGUGGAACUUCAAAAA